UGUUAAUGCCCGUUCGCCGAUGGCCGACCUCUCUGCUCGCCGCGGCCGGCGCUGGUGCGGCCGUCUCGCGGCCGUCCUUUGCCUCUGCGCGACCUUCUGCGAGCCAGGUCAGGGGCAUGCUCACCAUCGAUCACCCCGUGCGUCCACACCAAACAAGGAGCGCGACACGCACGUCGCCCAAAUGAAUCCAAGCUACAUGGCCGCAGAUGACGCCCCGGUGGAUCCCCUGCUGCCGGACCUGCUGCUGCCGGCGCGGUCGCUGCAGUGCUUCGAGGACGGCCAGGUGUACAGCUGCUGCGAGGGCGCGUUCAGGCUGAACCCGUCGGGGGUCCUCGCCGUGCCCGCCGGGGCGGUCGACCGCUACUGCGGCGGCGCGUGCGUGGUGGAGACGGAGGACGUGCUCAACUGCGUGGCCAGCGCGCUGGAUGGGUUCGCGUUCUACAACGGCGCAUCCGUGGAGGACGUCCGCUACGCGCUCAGGCGGGGCUGCAGCCACACCGUCAGGAGAGGUGACUUCAACGAUCUGGAGCCGCACCUGGGCGACUACCCGGACAUCUACGGCGACGACGAAGGCAGCGGUGGCAGCAAGGUUGUUAAAGCUCCUCUGAAGCUGCUCGCCUUUCUCGGCGGUGCCUGGCUGUUCCUCCUUGGUCACUGAAGACGCAAAAGCAUUUUCAAGUAAACAUACAAAAGCGUUGCUUGUUAGCAGUACCAGAUUUAGUUUAGGCCAUUCUAUAAGUGUGCUAUUCAUUCCACGAGUUCACAUUUUGUAUGGUAAA